AUGGUACGAGUAAUCUUUUUAGUUGUACUGCUGGGAGUACCAGCGGCUAUGCCAUGGGAGUUAUCUAGUGCUCAUCAACGUAGCAAGCGCCAUGCAGGAUUACUCGGUUUAGGUGGUGGUAGAGGAGACGGAAAACUUGUGAGCCUUGGUGUCGAUAAUAUCGAUUUGUCAUCCUCGAAAUCGUCUUCCAGCCAUUCUUCAUCUUCUUCAUCAUCUUCUCACUCUUCCUCUUCAAGCAGCCACGGAGGCGGCGGAAAAGUCAUCACAACUGUCACCAAGAGCAGUUCUAGUGAUGGUGAUUAUGAUUUAUCAGAUCAUCAUGGAGGCAGUAACCAUGGCGGAAGUAGUACUGUAGUUUCAAAGAGCUCAAAGGUUGUCACCAGUUCAUCUAGCAGCAGCGGCAGUCACUCUGGCAAUGGUCAUAAUGGACAUAAUGAUCACGAUCACGAUCACGAUCAUGGUCACGUUAUCCACGGUCAUGAUAGUUCGGUUAUUUCUAGCUCCAGCAAAACAUUAAAUAGCGAUUCUUCACAUGUUUCUUCAGGCCAUUCUUCUAACGGAGGUACAGUAAUUACAAAGACUACAACCACAACUACAUCAUCUUCCCAUGGCGGUCACUCACAUCAUGAUGAUGAUGAUGAAGAAUGCGAAAGACGCCAGCAUGAAUUGGAUGAAUGUGAAAAGAGACUGAAAGAACGCCAAGCCCAUAUUGAUCAAUGGGAAAAAGAACUUAAUCAGAGAGAAAAUGAACUUAAAUCACUUGAAAGCCAAUUGAACUCUCGUGAACAGCAAUUGACAAACAGACAGCAACAUCUUGAUGAAUGGGAAAGCAAACUUGAUUCUAGACAACAUGAUUUAGAACAACGUGAAAAGGAUUUAGAUGAUUGGGAAUGUAGACUCAAUGAGAGGCAAACUGAACUGCAAAAUACUGAAAGUCAUCUUGACAGCUGGGAGCAAAAAUUAAACGCAAGACGAUCAGAUUUAGAGCAAAGAGAAUCCGCAUUAGAUAGCAGGGAACAUGAUAUUGUUAUUAGGGAACAAGACUUAGACAGGCGUGAGCAUGAUUUGGCAAUUCGCGAACAAGAAAUAACAAAACGCGAGCAAAAUGUUGAAGUCCGUGAAGUCGAGGUGACUAGCAGGGAACAAGAUGUUACAAGAAGAGAACAUGAUGUCACGGUUAGAGAAAAUCAAGUAACCCAACUUGAGUCAGAUGUUUCUGAACGCGAACAUAACGUAGAAGUAAGACGUCACCAAGUAGAAAUUGAAGAAAGUGAAGUUUCAGAAUUAGAGGAACGUGUUGCAAGAAGAAAGGCUGAACUAGAAACCAUUUUAGCACAAUUGGAUAGCCAAGAAAGUGAAAUAAAUAGCCGUUUGGAACAUGUAAAACAAGAAGAUAUAAGAAUCACUGAAUGGGAGACUCGCUUAUCGCAAACUGAAGUUCAAUUACAAGCUCGUGAAGAUCAUUUGCAAGAAUGGUCAGACAAAUUAGAUCAACUAGAACACGAUCUUGAAGUUAGAGAACACGAAUUAUCGGUACGCGUCACCGAAAUUACACAACAAGAAUCUGAAGUUAGCAUUCGAACUCAACGCGUUGAGGAACAAAUCGUAAUACUCACAAAACAAGAGCAACAAGUAGUACAAGAACAAAAUGAAUUGAACAUUCGCAUAGAACAUAUUACAGAAGAAACUCGUGAAAUUGAAGCACGUGAAGCUGAAUUGGACCGUGAAGAAGCUGACAUUAACAAGCGUGAACAUGAUGUUGCUGAAGCUGAAAAGAACGUAGAGGCCCAAGAAGAACAAAUCAAACAAGAAGAAGCUGAAAUUGCUGCAGAACUCGCUCGUCUGGCCGCAGAACAACACGAAAUUGACUCACGUCAAGCCGAAAUUGACCAAGAAGAAUCUGAAUUGAACGCACGUGAACAAGAAUUAUUGAUUGAAGAACAAAAAUUGAAAGAAUUGGAGGUGCAAGUAACUCAAGAAGAACAAGAAAUCAAUAUUCGCCAAGAACAUGUAACUCAAGCUGAACAUGAAAUUCAAGUGCGCGAAGAACAGCUCACACAAGAAGAAAUGGAAAUCAGAGCUCAACAAGCAAGAGUUGAAGAAGAGGAACGUAUAUUGAGAGAGAAGGAAUCUCAACUCAGGGAAGAAGAAGUUGAAGUACAACAAGAAAUUCACAAUCUCGAAGAAUUAGAAAAGGAAUUGAAUGAAAGAAAAAUUGUUGUGGUUCAAGAAGAACAAGAAAUAACUGAGCUUGAAAGAUCAGUCGAACAACAAGAACAAGAAGUGCAAGCUCGCGAAGCAGAGUUAGAACGCGACAGAGCUGAAUUGGAGCAGAACGAAGCUUGGGUUCACCAAAAGGAAAUUGAAAUUGAAACUCUCAAACAACAAAUAGUUCAACAAGAACAAGAACUGCAUAGAAGAAAAGCCGAACUUGAAGAACAAUUAAGAGAAAUUGCUGAAGAGCAAACUCGUAUUACUCAACAAGAGCAGGAAUUAGUCAUUCGUAGACAACGCAUUACAGUAGAAGAACAAGAAAUUCAUACUCGUGAAGUAGAACUCAGAGAACAACAAACACGUGUCACUACUUGGCAACAAGAAAUAGAAGUUCAAGUAACAACAUUGAAACAACGAGAAGAAGAAAUUAGGGUCGAACGUACUGAAAUUGAAGUCGAAAUAAAACGCGUUACCGAACUUGAGAGUGAAAUUCAACGCCGUAAAACAGAACUAUCUCAAUGGGAGUCUGAAGUAAAUGCAAGAGAAGUCCACAUAAAUCAAGAAGUAGAAGAAUUGAAUGUUCUUGAAGCUCAAUUGACAGAAGAGGAACAAGAAGCCACCUUGCGUCGACAACGCAUUGAGCAGGAACAACGUGAAAUUGAAGAACUUGAAGCAACUCUCAGAAGUGAACAAGUACAUAUAACUGAAUGGCAAGAAAGAGUAGAACAAGAAGAAACUACUUUGAGAGAAACCGAAGAAAAUAUUAAACGUGAACAAGCUGAAAAUGAAGAAGAAAUUAGACGUUUGACUGCGAUAGAAGAAGAAAUUAGCCGCCGCAAGACCGUAGUUACUGAAGAACAAGUUGCUGUUACCCAGCUUGAGCAACAAGUUGAACAAGAAGAACAAACAUUGAGGCAAAGAGAAGUUGUUAUUCAAAAAGAACAAGCUGAGCUUGAAAAGCAAGAAGCAUGGAUUGUAGAACAAGAACACACAAUAGAAGUUAAAAGGGUUGAAAUUACGCAAGAAGAACAUGAAUUGGAGGUUAAGGAACAGCAAUUGCAACAAGAAGUAAAUGCCUUGAGAAUACAAGAACAAGAAAUUGAACAAACUGAAGUUUCUUUAGAAGAACGUAAACAACAAAUUGUAAUUGAAGAACAAAAGGUUCACACAGAGGAAGUUGAGUUGCAACAAACUGAGGCUCAUUUAGAAGAAUGGAGGGAAGAACUAGAAUCCGAGGAAGCAACAUUGCAUGAAAAAGAAGUUCAUAUAAGAGAAGAAGAAGCUGAAGUCAACGCUGAAAUUGAACGUUUAACUAUUGAGCAACAAGAAUUGGAAAGCCGCAUGACUGAAGUCACUCGUAUAGAGUCCGAAGUAACAACCAAGGAACAAGUUGUUCAGAAAGAAAUCCAAGAAUUAACCGUUUUGGAAACACAGCUGUCUCAACAAGAACAAGAAAUUGAAGUUAUCAGAAGUCAGAUUACUGUUGAAGAAGAAGAAAUUGAAAGACGUAAAACCGUUCUAGAACAAGAAAGUGUUCACAUUACUGAAUGGACACAGGAAAUUGAAACUACUGAAACUACUCUACAUGAACGCGAAGAACAACUUCGUAUUGAAGAGGAGAGAAUAGCUCAUGAACAACAAACUAUUAGUCAGACUGAAGUAGAAAUUGAAGAACGCAGACAAGUUAUAAUUUCUGAACAAGAAGAGCUUGAGAGAUUACAGGUACAAGUACAGACAGAACAAAGUGAACUCGUUGUACAAGAACAACAUGUUACCGAAGUCAGACAAACUCUUGAAGAACAAGAACGUCAAUUAGAAAUUGAAUUACACGAGGUUGAGGUUGCUGAAUCCACUCUUCAUGAACGCGAAGUUCACAUUCAAGAAGAAACUGUUACCAUCGAAGAAGAAGAAAGACGUAUUAGGGAAGAGCAAGAAAGGAUAGCAUCAUGGGAAUUAGAAGUGGAACAGUCUGAACAAACUAUUCAUGAGCGUGAGGUUCAUAUCCAAGAAACUGAGGUCAUAAUUGAACACCGUGAACAAGAAGUUACAACAGAAUUACACGAAAUUGAAGAAAGAGAGCGCAUUGCUAGAGAAGAAGCUGAACGUGUUGCACAACUUGAGCAACAUGUACACAGCGAACAAGUAGAAUUGGAACAACAAGAAACCGUCUUGAGGGAAAGAGAAGUUUCAGUUACCGAAUGGUCAGAACGAGUUGAAGUAGAAACUCGUGAAGUACAUGAACGUGAGGCUCAAUUAGAGCAAGAGAGGCUGACAAUCGAAAGCGAAAUUGAGAGACUAGAACACCAAGAACAUGAAUUAAACGAACGCGAAUCAUCGAUUAAAUCUCACGAAGUUCAAGUAAGCGAACUUGAACAAACUAUUAUUGAACGAGAAACUGUAUUACAUACAAGAGAAACUGAAAUUUCCGAAGUGGAAGAAUCCUUGAGAAUACGCCAGGAACAAAUUACAUCUGAAAGUUCUCAAAUCACUGAACUUGAACAAAGAACCCAAGAACAAGAAUCGGCUUUGACCGAAUUGGAACAACGUUUACAAGUUCAAAUUACAGAAUUGCAACAAGAAGAGACUAUUCUAGUAGAAGAAGAAACCCAAAUUGAAAUGCGUGCAUCGGACUUAGAGAGGAGACUACAAGUCAUCGAAGAAAGAGAGAAAUGGCAAUCGGAAAUUGAGAUGGAAUUGAAUGAAAAAGAUGUCAACAUCGAAAAGGAGGAGAAACUGGUCAUUGAUCGUGAAAAUCAACUCGAAAGACGUUUAAUCCGUCAAGAGCAACGUGAGGCAGAAUACGAGCAUGAGCAACAUGAAAGCUCAUCUUCUACUGUCAAAAAAGUGGUCGUAACCAAACACAUUUCCCAUGGGGGAAAGCCAGUUGGCAUGGACGCUCAUCACCACUAG